UGUUCCCCCCACACACACCUCCUCUCCUCUUCCCAGCCCUGCUGAUUUUAACCACCUCCCUAGUCUGGCUUGUGUCGCACUCCCCAGUCUGUCACACACCAGGCUCCGGGAAAAUCUGACGUGUUUUUCGCAUUUCCUGCACCAGAGAGAGACGGAGACAGAGCAGUGUCGGAGCGGGGGGGAGAGGCAGCCAGAGGUAUGUCCACGGGAAGUUAAGAUUUUAACAACAGUGGCUGAAACAAGGCCGUGCACCGAGGAGUAUUUAUCUACCUACCCACCUACCGCCUGAAUCUGCCCCUCCUCUCCGCCUCUGCUGCGGUUACCAGCCGCUGUCUGCUCGCCGAGCUCCGGCGGCAGCCAGCACUCAUCUGGAGCCUCCCACACCUAUACUACCACACGGUGCAAUGCAACACGGGCUCGUGCUUCCACGGUGUCCUGCUAUAGCUAACGGAGUUUUUUUAACACCUCGAAGGUAAAAAAUAAAUAAAAAUAAAAACAUGACAGAGCGAUUCACAUCUGGGGGCCUUUGCUCGCUUUGUUUUUUUUGCUAACUCCGCUGUAGCUGUGCAUGUUUCUUCCGUGCACUUCUGAGGAAGACUCCCCCCGGCUAACGGUCGUUUUCUCUGUUGCUGCAGUUUAUGUUUUUUUUUUUUUUUUUGGGGGGGGGACAUUUGUAGCAUAUUCGACAAGUAGACAUUUUCGAUGGAAUCCCAUUGCUAGGCAACAACCUGGCCCCUUGUUAACUUCCUGUCAGUUGAUGUCAUUACAACUGUGAAAUGGUCCAUAGACGUUUUAAGGCAAGUUAAAAAGCUAAUGCGGACCAAAGCAUUGCUUUUUAAGAGGCGUCGCAGUUUGCGUUUUCUUCGUCACAUUCAACUGGAAGGAUUUUACAGUAUCUGCCUGGAGGACAACCGGUUGAACGGAGCCGUUAUUUCAACCGUUACAGCACGAGGUGUUAAGGCUACGUUUCUGUGAAGUGGUGUAGUGGAGGAGAAAGGUGGGGUCCUUUACGUUGUAAACAAGCCACACUUCCAGUAGGCUAAAGAAAGCGGAGGGGCCGUUACAUGCACUGCCAUGGUGAUCUUCAACGGGCAGCUGAAGAUCAAGAUCCGCCAGGCUCUGGACCUCAAACCGACGGCUCUGUCCCUGCGUCACGCCGUCGGCCCCAAGACCCAGACCUUCCUCCUGGACACGUACAUCGCCCUGAACGUGGACGACUCCCGCGUGGGUCAGACCUCCACCAAGCAGAAGAACAACAGCCCCGCGUGGAACGAUGAGUUCACCACGGAGGUCCACGGCGGCCGCAGGAUCGAGCUGUCCGUCUUCCACGACGCUCCCAUCGGCUACGACGACUUCGUGGCCAACUGCAUCAUCCAGUUUGAGGACAUCCUGCAUAACGGCGGCAAGCACUUCGAGAACUGGAUUGACCUGGAGCCAGAGGGGAAGGUCUAUGUUGUUAUUGACCUAUCAGGAUCUUCCAGUGAAGCUCCAGUGGGCUCUGCUGAGAAUGAGGAGCGUGUGUUUCGGCAGCGGAUGCGUCCCAGGAAGCGGCAGGGUGCCGUCCGCCGGAGGGUCCACCAGGUCAACGGACACAAGUUCAUGGCCACCUACCUGAGACAGCCCACCUACUGCUCCCACUGCCGGGACUUCAUCUGGGGUGUCUUAGGAAAGCAGGGCUACCAGUGUCAAGUGUGUACCUGUGUGGUCCAUAAGCGCUGCCAUGAGCUGAUCAUUACCAAGUGUGCAGGGAUGAAGAAGCAGGAGGACACAGUGGAGGAGCCGCUCGGCUCUCAGAGGUUCAGUGUCAACGUGCCGCACAAGUUCAGCAUCCACAACUUUAAAGUCCUCACCUUCUGCGACCACUGCGGCUCUCUGCUCUGGGGCCUGCUGCGACAGGGACUCCAGUGCAAAGUGUGUAAAGUGAACGUACACCGGCGCUGUGAGAGUAACGUAGCUCCUAACUGUGGCGUGGACGCCCGAGGAAUCGCUAAAGUCCUCUCUGACCUCGGAGUCACGCCAGACAAGAUCUCCAACAGCGCCCAGAGACGGAAAAAGCUUCCCCAGGGUCAGGAUCCGCAGCAGCCGUUAUCAGGGACGCCUAAGACAGAAGAGGAUCGCUCAAGGUCCGCCCCCACCUCACCGUGUGACCAGGACGUGAAGGAGCUGGAGAACAUCCGGAAGGCUCUGUCGCUGGACCACCGCGGAGCGGAGCACAAAACACACCCGCUCUCCUCCGCCACGCCUGUCGCCGCGGUAACGGGCGACAAGGGCGGGCGAGUCGGCAGCGUCGCAGUGGGGGGCGAGGAGGGACGGGAGAACGGUGACGUCGAAGGUCCCGCAGCGCCGCAAAUCAAGAGGAUGAAUCUGCACGACUUUGUGUUCAUCAAAGUUCUGGGCAAAGGAAGCUUCGGAAAGGUGAUGCUGGCGGAGCUGAAGGGCAGCGACGAGGUCUACGCCGUCAAAGUGCUGAAGAAAGACGUGAUCCUGCAGGACGACGACGUGGACUGCACUAUGACCGAGAAAAGGAUCCUGGCCCUGGCCAGAAAACACCCCUACCUGACACAGCUCUUCUGCUGCUUCCAGACUAAAGACCGCUUGUUCUUCGUGAUGGAGUACGUCAACGGAGGCGACCUGAUGUUUCAGAUCCAACGGUCCAGGAAGUUCGACGAGGCCAGAUCUCGUUUUUACGCGGCCGAGGUCACGUCCGCGCUGAUGUUCCUGCACCGUCACGGAGUCAUAUACAGAGACUUGAAGCUGGACAACAUACUGUUGGAUGCCGAGGGACACUGUAAGCUGGCAGACUUUGGGAUGUGCAAGGAGGGAAUCCUCGACGGUGUCAGCACCACCACCUUCUGCGGCACGCCAGAUUAUAUCGCACCUGAGAUCCUUCAGGAGCUAGACUACGGCCCGUCAGUGGACUGGUGGGCUCUGGGGGUGCUGAUGUACGAGAUGAUGGCAGGCCAGCCGCCGUUUGAAGCCGAUAACGAAGACGACCUGUUCGAGUCCAUCCUCCAUGACGACGUCCUCUACCCGGUCUGGCUCAGCAAGGAGGCGGUGUCCAUUCUCAAAGCGUUCAUGACUAAGAGUCCUAACAAGCGCCUGGGCUGCGUGGCGGCUCAGGGUCUGGAGGAGGCCAUCAAGUUCCACGUGUUCUUCAGAGAGAUCGACUGGACGCUGCUGGAGCAGAGGAAGAUCAGACCGCCGUUCAAACCUCGCAUCAAAACCAAAAGGGAUGUGAAUAACUUUGACCAGGACUUUACGCGCGAAGAACCCAACCUGACACCGACGGAGGCCAGCAUCAUCAAGCAGAUCAACCAAGAUGAGUUUAAAGGAUUCUCCUACUUUGGAGACGAGACUGUGGCCUAGACACACACACACAAACACACAAUUAACAACAUACACCUACGAUUAACAUCAUACACAAACCACACUUCAGAAAUCUUCAAGCAAAGAUAUAAUAUUUAAAGAGAAACACGCCCCUUCUGGAAUGAAACGUCCUGAACUUUUCCAGAUUCUGACCACUCCAGGAAUUAUACUAGACCAUCUGUAUCUCUCUUUUUCAUGGUUUCUGUGCUCUUGUUGAUUGUCCAUCGGUGCAUAAUCCCAUCCAAAUAUAUGCUCGAGCAGCAUGUAAGCACAGGUCAGAUACUGUGAGAAAUGCUCCUUCACUCGGACCGCAUGGAUGUCUGACGCAGGUAAAGCAGUGGACAAAACCAAACUCCGUUUGGGGUGUGUGUGUGUUUGUGUGUGUGUGUGUGUGUGUGUGUGUGUGUGUGUGUCAGAGAGGGAUAAUGUACAAAUGUGCAUGCACGCAUAGUCGAGAGAGUCAUUUCUGUACAUGAUGUUCUGAAUCCUGUGUCUAUCUUUGUGUCUAAAGAAUGUUUUCUUUUGUUCCCUAAACUUGUGAAUGAAAAAAAAAAAAAAAAAGGUUGAACCGAUGAUUGUAUUUAAAGAAAAAAUAAGGUCUUGGAAAGUAUUUUAUUUAUUAGACAAUAAAGAGAUGUCAAAAGGACAUUUUUCGGAUGAAACUAUGAUGGAAUUAGAAGUUUUGUCAGUGCUGUGUUUUAAGUUGAACACUCAAACUGGCUCAUUAAAUGUUAACUCUAGAAGAUGCAACACAAAAGCGACACUUUGGCAUUUUGAAAUUUGAAUUUAGUUUGAUCUCAGCAGUUUCUUUUCUGUUAUUCGAGAGAAGAGUUAUGUGCGCUGUUUUUCCUUCUCUCUCUCCAUAUUUUAGCUCGUUAGUACAUUGAUUGUUCCCUUUCUUCAUUAAAACCAAAUGGUACCAUUAGCCAUCAGCUAACACGCCUGCAGUAACUUAGCACUGGGAACGUCCAUUGUUGUACUGAGGCAAACAAGCUGUUUUCCAUAUGACUUGAGACUUGACAUUGACAGUUUUCCAAUGAAGCCAAAUAACUGAAGCUGAAAUCUAAAGUGUCAGAGAAGCACCUUCUGAAGCUAAACCUUUCUCGGUCACCUCCUUAAAUCCCUUCAUGACCACUUAACCAUUGAAAUGCCUUUUUUUUGUGUGUGUGUGUGUGUUUGUGUGUGUACAGUAACUGGGGUUGGGCACCGAAACCCGGCUCCAAAUUGGAAUCGAUUCCAAAAUGCCAAGUCACACUCAUUUCAGUCCUGCUCAUCAGUUCCACCUACACAUGGCGCGCUUUCUGGACCAGACGACGCAGCGCAGUGCGAUACAUUUUGUUCUGUUUAGGCCAAGGACGCCCAAUCUGGGGCCCGCGGGCCAAGUUUGGUGCAUUCUCCCUUUGUUUUGGCCCACCAUGGCAUUUGACAUGCUCAUUUUCCUCUUCAUUUGAAAGUGCUGUAAAAUCCUGACCGUAAUGAUUACGAAAUGUACAUUUUGUGCAGCUAAAAAGUUUUUAAUCUGAGUUUUACAACAAUUUUAAGCACAGUGCUGGUUAACUUCCCUAUUAAAUUACAUACGUAAGUUUCAUCUACGAAGAAUUACAAGAAUUAUGGUAUUGAAUGAAUGAAAGAAUGAAGAAAUGUAUUUUAGACAUAUCAAAAAUAAAAAAAUUUAGUUAACAAAUAAGCAAAACAUUCAAUAAACAAUAAGAAAGAUUAAUCAACAUAGACAGAAAAGGAGUAAGAAGAAGUAUUCACUUAUUUAAUCCUAGCCCUUUUCCAUAUAUAUUAUAAUAUAUUUGUUUUUUUUUUCAACGUCAACAUUUUAUUGUUGUACAGUGGACUUCCAUCCAGAUCCAUUUUGGCCCUUCAUCUGAAAGAAUUUUGGCACCUCUGGUUUAGGCAGUAUGGGCUUUCCGGAGGUUAGUGUAUAGUAUAUAAACAAAGAAUGGACAGAUUAUUAUUGAGGCAUAGUAACGACAAAUAACAACAACCAAAUGACAGAUCUAUAAACUGUAUGAAGUGAAUCGUGAAUAUUUUUUUCUUCCAGUGAAUAGGAAAACGGGAGUCUCUGUUCGCUUCCAAGUGAACUAGAGUUGUAGCCUGACAAGCCAGACCCACAUCCAGAUGUAGGGUCUGGGAACUCACCAUUGGUAGGGCUCAAUCCGAGG